AUGAUAAUAGACAUCUCAGAUCCUGAAAUAACAAAGGCCUAUCAGUCAAUUACCGAGGAUAGGUCGAAGGACUGGCUUAUACUUUCUUACUCUAAAGCACGCGAUGCCCUCCGCCUCGUUGACAGUGGACCUGGGGGGCUUGAAAUCGCACGCGAGCACGUGAAGGUACAAUCGAGUGAUGUGAAUUUCUCGUUGAUUCGAGUGAAUGAGUCCGGCUCUUUGGUUCUGGUCUGUUUCAUUCCUCAAGCGGUCGGGGGCGUUAAACGAGCGCGUGCUAUUGUUCACACCCGAGCACUCGAAGAUGUUUUUCCGGCUCGUCGAGCAGUCGUUAACGUUGCUAGCGAGACAGAACUCACCUCCACCUUGGUCGACAAUGCACUACGAUCCCGUGUAGCAGUCCCAGAGACUCGUUUCCCUACACAGAUACAGCGACCAAUGUCACCACCCCAUAGCUCAGAAGAAGGUCGAGUCGGUUUCAAUGUAGCGCCUCGGGUAUCCUCUUCCAGUAGCACUCUGACGAGGGAGCGUGAGCUACCCCUGAAUUUGGCGCAACCGCUUGAUUCAGAACGCAGUCAAGAGUUAGCGAAUCAGAAUAUAAAGGCCACGGACGACUUGGCUCCAACAAGUGGUGGGAUCGCUCCGGAAAGAAGCAAGGCGAGUGUUCGGAAUGGUAAACCGCAGCUCAGUGUAUCAGUACCACCUAGAAAAGAGAAAGGCCUACGGCCUGUUGGUCACGAUGGCUUUGGUAGAGGGUCUUACGAAUUUGAUGCAUCUGAAGAUGAUGAAGACGAUGGUGAUCAGGAUGAUUCUGAUGAGGACGAUAGACAAAAGGAUCUCAAUGAAGGGGAUGAGAACAUUGUCGUACGACUUAAUUCCAGACCCUCUUCUCGCGGGGCCACCCCUCCCGCUGGUCCAUCUAUACUUCGACAUCCCUCUCCCAUACCAACAAAGAUUGAACAUGGAUCUUCGGUCGCAACUUCUCUGGGCACAUGUGCCCAUAUACGCUUCACCGGUCCACCCAAGGACCACCCUCAUCCUGACCACCAUCCAUUAAAGCCUACAGACAUCAUUAUUACAGACAUGCAUCCCGCAAGUAGACCUGGGAUAGAAGGAUUACCCAGUACCAAUCAGGCAAGCAGUGUGGGGACAUCGAUGACAAUUUCCGAACUUCCUUCAUCCAGUUCAACUGUGUUUCAACGAAGUACUAUUGCAUUGUCUGAACCCCUUGGGAAGACCUUACCUCAGGUCUACCCAAUACAAGAUCUGCCCGUCAACACUUCUAACACGUCAACUUCGUCGGAUCAGUCCAAGCACCCGCAGGCUACAGCCGUGGCGUCAUCUCUGUUGCCUAGCUCUAUCACGUGGGCGUCAACCUCGCAACCAGGCCCAUCCAUCCCUCCAUCCGAUUCUAUUAAUUAUCCACCACCCCCCGAUAGCGAACGAGCUGGUCAAAUGCCCCCGCCGAGACUCCCUAGUGUGCAGGAGUCCUUUGGCCCCAGUUUCGAACGUACACUGCCUCAGCUCUCUCAAGGUCCCGUUUCAGCCAUCUCAUCGAGCAGCCUAGGCGCCUUUUCUCCAGGCACUUCGUCACUGAGAACUCAUUCGAGGAAUACUAGUAUAUCUACAACUGGGCAAACACAUGUUCCAAGUGGGACGCUAUCCGCGUUUGGGCGACGCCCCUCUGUAUCCAACAAUCAGCAAGGGGUCAACAUGAAUGCGGUAUCAAACUCUGCUACGCGUCUUCAGCUGGAAAACAUGAGCCCAAGCGCGUUGAUGGAGCGGUCCAGUACCACCAAUACGGCAACCACUUCAUCCUCAAGUCCUUCCCUACGGUCUUUCACGAUACAGACCCAAGGGAUGACAGAGGCUCAAGCUCAGGCCGCCAGGUUUCGGGCCAAAUGGGCGGCCGAAGAGCAAGGAAUAACUCUUGCUCCACCACCAGCACCAAUUCCUUCAUUACCUCGCAGCCCGCCCUUGACACCACCCAUCAGCCCACCGCGAUCACUCAAUGUAGACGAAGCAGGACGUGUGCGCCGAGAUGGGGUCGAAAAGAUGCGCAGGGAGGCUGAAAGACGAAGGGAGGAGGAUGAGAAGAAACGUUUAGCCGAGCAACAACGACAGGCCGAGGUAGAACAGCAGCUCAAAUUGGCAGAGGAGCGCAAGAAGAAGGAAACUAAAGAUCGUGUUGCCCAGGAGGAGCGGAGAAGAGCUGCAGAUCUUCAGAGAAAGGUCAUGGAAGAAGAAUUGGGGAAACGAAGGGUCGAGGAGAGGAUCAGGGCGCGGGAGAAGUUUGCUGAAGCAAAAGGGACGGAUAAGGUGUUCUUGACGGGUCAUAUCAAUAUCCAGGUGCAGAAUUCUACGACUUGGCGAAGAAGGUUCUAUGAGCUUACAGCCGACGGCUGUCUGCGCCUGUACAAGUCUUCAGAUGCGCCGGACCGUGUCAAGCCCUCAGACGUAAUCCUGCUCCAAGGGGCGUGUUCGAUUGAUCGAAAUGUGGACGAGCUUGAGUUAAUCCCGCCGGACCCUUGGUUGGUCAUCAUCGUUCAUCCUAAGCCGCCGCCGAGCUUGGUGUUCAAGCAACCUCUUCCAGCGAAAAAAACCAUCUUCUUUUUUCUGUUUAUUUCCGAUAUAUUCUUCAAUGGCGUCUGUGGCUGUUCCGAAAACGAUGUCUCGGCCAUCGUCGCAAUCGUCAUACCGAGCCCCAAGCCCUGCGGGGAGCAUCGAGUCGAGUCUGGGAGGUCUCCCUUGAAGCGCGCAUCGCUGAUUCCCGUUCCCCGCCCAUCGACUCCCCAGCGCUCACCCUUGACUCCAUCUGCUCCCAUACCCAUUCCCUUUUCUCCAGACUCUGCAAUGAGCACACCUGUUAACAAGACACGCAGGAGCUCCUCUUUUGACAAACUAACGGCCACCAUUGCUGGAGACUCCAUGAUACCAGUCCGUGUAACGACCCCCGGCCGCCGUACAAGUUCGCCGGCGCUUAACGGCACUGGACACGGAAACACCAGCCUGGAUGCUGGCGCUAUCCCAGAAGGUGUUCCUAUGGGAUUCAGUCCUGUUAGUCCCACUCACGGGGGGCCACGUUCACUCUCGCCAACACGAACCUUGUCGCGAAUCCCUGUUUCGUCCGUUGGCCAUGCACGUACACUUGCCGAUGAUGGCCAGCGCCAGCAGCAGCGCGCACCAUCGCCAACUACGCCCGUUGGAGAUGCCAGCCUUCAUGGCGAUGCGUCAUUUCGUUCAUCCAGUUUGCUCUCGCCGCUUCCCAGCACUUCGGGUGCCACAUCAACCCCCACAUCCCCUUCUGCAGGCUAUCGGCGCUCGCUAGUUGGGGGUGGGACAACCAAAGUCCUGGCAGAUCUCCAAGCACAUACCCUACAAGUCAAGAGUGUGCUUGAAAAUACCAAGUCUCAAUUACGUUCCUCGCAACGCACGAUUGCACAGUUGACCCGUCAAACAGAGGAUUUGAAGGACGGACGCGAACGCCUGAGAAUUGAAAAUGAAAGUCUUAACAACGUUGUCGCACGUAAGGAACGGUUGCUACAAGAGGCAGGUAAUUAUCAUUUGCCCACUGCUGAUCGAGCGCGCAAGGCAGAAGCUGAGGUACAGGCUCUCAAAGCUCAGCUGAAGGAUGAGACUUCUGCGUCCAAAAAAUCCAUGAAAGAAAUGCACACAACUCUUUCUCAAGCCAAGGUAGUGGCUCAGCGUAGCGAGCGAGAGUAUGUCCAGUUAAGGGAUACACUGUCGACCAUGCGUGAGGGCUGGCGCAAGGAGGUCGAAACUCUACGGGAUCAAAUGAGGGGUUCGCAGAAUGAGGCCCAGGAGGCUUUGUCCAAGCAGAUCAUGCUGCUAAAACUGCUUGAGGACCAGAAGGUGGAGCGAGAGAACAUGGACAAGUUACAUGCAGAAUACCGAGCUGUGCAGGACGAAUUUACGAAGCAGUUUAGGUCAGAGUUGGCCGCGGCACUAGCGACGGUUGAAAAGUCUGCUAGAGAUUGUGAUUCCGCUGACCGAACAGCAAGAGACGUGGCGGACGAGCUGGCUCGCCUUCAGCGCUUAAUCAAGGCAGGGCCCACUCUCGAAGAAUCAGGCCAGUAA